AUGGCUCUAUAACGGAUCCAGAAGGAACUGACUGACUUACAGAGGGAUCCUCCUGCUCAGUGUUCCGCAGGCCCUGUGGGUGAUGACUUGUUCCACUGGCAGGCCACCAUCAUGGGCCUGAAUGACAGUCCUUACCAAGGAGGUGUUUUUUUCCUGACCAUCCACUUCCCUACAGAUUAUCCGGCUGACCCCAACUCCCAUACUGUUGCUUUCACUACCAGAAUCUAUCACCCUAAUAUCAACAGCAAUGGCAGCAUUUGCCUGGACAUCCUGAGGUCACAGUGGUCCCCAGCACUGACUGUGUCUAAAGUUCUCCUGUCCAUCUGCUCUCUGCUCUGCGACCCCUACCCUGAGCCAGAAAUAGCCCACACUUACAAGGCCGACAGAGAGAAGUACAACAGACUAGCAAGAGAGUGGACACAGAAAUAUGCUAUGUAAGUGCCUCGAAGGCUCCAUAGAAGACCCUGUCCAAGAGAAGCUUGCCAGGCAGAGUGGCCUUCCUGUGAAGCUCUGAGCUCUUGGCUAAGGCACUCACAGAACAUCCUGUGUUCACACACGUGUUGGCACUCACCUCUGUAGCUACAGCAUGUUGGUGCCACUUUCAGCCAUUUCGGCCUUGACAGUACCACACCUUUGAUGCCAAAUCAGCAAUCACUGUUAUGAUCUACAGUCUUCCUGGUUACACUAGAAUCCAUCUGGGGAACCAAGCCAUGCAUGCCUCCCGUACUUGUCCUCAAAUGGUGCCACUACUCACUGUGGCACUGUAGAGGGGCCCAGUCUGCCCCCUGACCACAUACCCUUUGCCUUUCGAGCACAGUGCUUUCCUAAGGGCAGGCAGAGUGGGCCCAUGUCCUAAGGAGUACCACUAUGCCCUGGAGGCUCCUGGAAAUUGGAACAGCAUCCCUGAAAGCCAUCUUCUGCCACCUUCCUCCAUAGUGCUCCAUGCUGCAAACAGCGAACGAGGAGCAUCGGGGCAUUUAAACCAUGCAACACCCAAGAAAGGAUGGAAUUCUCAGACAUGGGGGGAUUCGGGUUAUGCUUUUGUAUGUAAUGAGGUUUCCUCUACCGGCUUCCCACUGGAAACUUAAUGUGAAAUCCAAGCAUAAGCCAUUCACAAUCUGGAACACAAGGAAGGAGGGAAUUUAAAUGGAAAUAAAAAGGAAUUGCCUUCGGA